AUGGCCAAAAAGUGCUUUUAUUUGUUUCUUCUACUUGUUCUCUACAAUCUUUCCACUCAACCCACAAAUUCAUUAUCACAAAACAAAAUCAGUCCCAUAGAUCUAAAUGCAUUACGUGAAAUCAAGAAUCAACUCACAGACAUUCCCUCUAUUACUUCGACUCAACACUUCCUCUCAAGCUGGAAUUUCACAUCUCCCGACCCAUGUUCGUCCUUUCUCGGUGUCACCUGCUCGUCUAGCGGAAAAGUCGUCGUACUUGCUCUUGGCACCGGCCUCACCGAUUCACCUGGACUCGCCGGAACACUCUCGCCGUCUAUAGCUAAACUGACUGAGCUGAACCAACUCAUUCUCUUCUCCGGCAUUGUCACCGGGUCGAUCCCUGCACAGAUUGGCUCCCUCAAGAAUCUGAGAGUCAUCGCUUUGACGAAUAAUCGAUUAAAUGGAGCAAUCCCGGCCACCAUUUUCAAUCUAGCCAAUCUCCACACGCUCGAUUUAAGUCACAAUCAGCUUUCAGGGCCAAUCCCAGCAACGAUUUCUGGUUUAACUCAGUUGAAAGUCCUCGUACUGGGCUCUAAUAGGCUGUCGGGGUUGCUUCCCGGUGCAUUUCCCGAUCAGCUACUGCACUUGGAUUUGAGUAGCAAUGGCAUUUCGGGAAUGCUCCCACGGCAGCUCCCGUCGGCGCUCCACUACCUGUCGGUGGCGCAGAAUCACUUGUGGGGCCCGCUCAACGGCCUGGAAUUACUUUCGGAUUUAGUGUACCUCGACUUAAGCAUGAACCAACUGAGUGGGUCCAUCCCCACUUCACUCUUUCGUCCCACACUCAAUUCAAUGCUACUCCAACGGAACAAUUUGUCAGGAGGGGUCCCACAAGCUUCCCCAACAACUUACGGGUCGGGUUCCAUAGUCGAUCUGAGUCACAACUUCCUGACGGGCAACUUGACUACAGCUCUAAUUGGAGUCGAGACUUUAUUUCUCAACAACAAUCUUUUGACGGGGACAGUUCCCAAGGAAUACAUAAAUACGGGUAGCAUCAAAACGCUGUACUUACAACAUAAUUACUUUACAGGGUUUCCCGAUGGGACAUUGACAGAUUCGAUUUCCAUAUGUUUAUCGUAUAAUUGUAUGGUACCACCUAUAGGGUUGGCCGCGUGUCCUGCGAGCACGGGUGAGCAACUUUCGAGGCCUUCUUAUCAGUGCUCGGCAUUCCGUAAAGGCAAUAGCUCUUCAGACUAG